UGGGCGGAGUUGCUGUAAACCUCUACCCUACAGAGCUUCCCGUCGUCGCUCACUCGACGCGCUCCCGCAUUUUACCUGUUAGCCAAGCCAAGCGACAGAGCAGAUGUUAUACAACUGUAACUGAACACAGUUAGUGAAUAUCUCAGUAUUUAACCCUGACCUUUACGGAAGGAAGUUAACUGAUCGAUAUCAACGAACAUAUUAUCAAACUUUAGGAACAGCGGAACAAGGAUAUCUGACAUUUGCCAGGAUGCACUUUUCCAGCUGUCUGUGUACCCUCCUCGUCGCGCUUGUCUACCAAGGUACUUACUUGAGCGCUAUGGAUACUGUUAUCGGCCUGUAUGGAGAGACCGUUGAGGUGCCAUGCAACAAUGGAGCCCCCAAACCAAAGGACCUGUUCAUAACAAAAUGGAAAUACGACAAUGGGGACCUGCUGACCCAGCUGAAAGACCAGGAUGCCUCUGUCAUAGCCACCAACCAGUACAAAGACCGUGUCAGCAUGGCCGAAAACUCCAGCCUGUUGAUUGCUGCAGCAUCACUGAAGGAUGAGAAGAUUUUCACCUGCAUGGUGGUGGCUGGGGCUGACAUCUCAGAAUACCCUGUCAAACUCCUUAUCCACAAGGCUCCAACCGGAGUGGAGAUCACAGCCCUAGCCGCAGAGCUGGAGAUUGGCAAACCAACCCAGCUAGGGCAGUGCACCGCCCCUGAUUCCAACCCAGCUGCCAACAUCACAUGGUUCAAGAACAAGAAACAUCUGGUGGCGGAUGGGAAAGGCAUUACAAUCAGUUCCAAAGUGAAGGUGGACGAAGUCACUGGCCUCACCACCACUUCUUCCACUCUUCAGUACACAGCAGAGAAGGGAGACACAGAUGCUCUGUUCACCUGUGGGACCCUGAACGCAUUGUCCUCCCCAGUCUCCUUCACUGUCACCUACCCCACAGAGAGGGUCAGUCUACAUGUCAUUUCUAAAGGGCCCCUUAUGGAAGGAGACAACGUGACUCUGAAGUGCAAGGCCGACGGGAACCCACUUCCCACCAGCUUCAACUUCCACAUUCAGAGAAAGGUGGUGAAGGUGGAGAACUCUGACUCCUACACUGUGACUGAUGUCACACGUGACAGCACAGGGGAAUACAAGUGUUCUAUCAUUGACAAUGCCAAGAUGGAAGACUCCAAGAACAUUACCAUCAAUUACCUGGAUAUGAGUUUGAGCCCCUCUGAGAAGGUCAUGAAGAGCGCCGGCGAAAGCUUGGCUCUGAACCUGCAGACCGAUGCGUCUGGAGAACUCAGGGUGUCCUGGACUAAGGACAAUGACAAGCUAGACAAAAUGCCAAAGUUUGACAAGCUGACCUACUCUGAUUCUGGAAAGUAUGAGGUUGUGGUCACCAUGGGCGCUCUCAUCAAGAAAGCCUCUUUCGAGCUGGUCGUUGAAGGUAUUCCAGUCAUCCGGCGGUUGGCCAAGCAGCGUGGCGAGGACGGCCAGCACAAGGUACUGACCUGCGAGGCUGAGGGCUCCCCCAAACCCACUGUGGCCUGGAGCGUCAACGGCACCUCGGCUGAUGAAAGUCCCUACGUCAAUGGGAAGAUCUCAUACAAGCUGACCAUUGUGCCUACAGUCAACCUGACCGUUGUCUGCACUGUGUCCAAUGAGCUUGGCCAGGACACCAGGGCUAUUAACGUGUCGACCUUAUUUGAGGAGGUGAGAAUGGAUAAACAAGGCUCAUCAGAUGACAGUGACACAACAAAGUUGGUGGUGGGAGUUAUUGUUGGUCUGCUCCUGGCCACUGUAGUUGUGGGUCUAGCAUACUGGCUGUACAUGAAGAAAUCCAAGCAAGGCAGCUGGAAGACUGGUGAGAAGGAGGAUGGAUCCACUGAGGAGAGCAAGAAACUGGAGGAGAAAAUAGAGGAGAAGCUGGAGGAAAACAGCCAGAAAGUUGAGGUGUAAAGAAAAGGAAUGUUUAAAGAAUGAGAGAAAGAAAAGUGCGGAAGCGGAAACUAGAAGCUUUUGCUCACUUCUGUUAAAAUUUGAAAAGGGGGCAUUGAACUGGAUGAAGACCAUUUGGAUUUGGACUUGUCCACAAAACUUUAUUUCCUCUGAAUAUUGAAAGAAAAAAACUGGCUAAAUGAAAGGAUACGUGUUGUACAUAAGCCUAAAUUGUCUGCUCUAUGGAUAAAAUGUGUUACCUUUCCUUUGUAAUAGUUUUUGUUUCAAGUGUUGGUUAAGAAGGAUUUGGUCAAAUUGAGAAAAAUGCCAAUUGGAGUGUUUGGCUUGGAUUGAAUUAACGUUAUUGCUAUUAGAAUAACUACUGGACCAUAUGCCUUUUCUGUAAGGAUGUGUGCAUUGGCCUAUACCUCCCUGACCCUCAAUGCAUUAUAGAGGAUCUGAAGGUCUUCGCCACUGUUCCAUCUCAGUUCCAUAUCAUCAACACAACCAAACACCCAUUAACACAACCGAACACAGUCAAUACAUUUUGUACAUUUUUUAUGGAACAUACACUGCCAUUUUGUGUAGUCUCCAUUGGUAAAAUAAACUGUUGAAUAUUUUAAUGAAAGGGCUAAGGGAAGGGUAUAGGCUACAUAACUAGCUUUGGUUGUAACGUAAUAUGAGUUAAGCAUUAUACCAAGAUGCAUCACUUUGCAUUGCAGGAAGUAGAAGAUCUGUUGUACAAAUUAUUUCAUGACAUGUUACAUGGUUCCUGUUUGUUUUUUUGUACAUUUUUGCCAUCAAAAGUAUCAGGAGAUUGAGUGAUGCUGUUAGGCAUGCAGUACACUCUGACCAUCUGUUUGUGUAUCAGUGGGUUGUGUUUAGUUUGGACAUAACCACUACAUUACAGAAUAUGUCUUAUCUCAGUUGUGUUCAUAGUGUUAAAUUCUGUGCUUUUAUGUCAUUUUGUAUGUGUAAAGAGACAAGUUGUCCAGUAGUUGCAUACUUCACAAUUUAGGUCAGGGUUAUGAGUAGCAUUUACUGAACCUGCAAAUAUAUCAGACCUAGAUGUAAUUGUGAUUUGUUUUGGUUAUUUUUAGCUAUUUAUAUUGUUCAAGAUUACAAGGUUAGCAUCUCUGUUAGUUCUAUUCAAUUAUUCUCACAAAUUUAACCACUUAGCUUUAAAGGUACUGAACAAUUGAUAGUAAUUUCUUGCAGUUAUUUGACAAUAAUAAUUAUAAUGUAAGCCUUCUGUGGAUUUUGAGGCUUCUGUAGAUUUCUGUGAGAUUUACCACAUAUCUCAUACUGUCAGCUUGCUGUUUGUGUCCUGCGUUGUAGUUAAUGUGAAACCAACAAAUUGGAAAUAAGACCAAAGAGGGUAAAUAUUGCCAUGCAAGUAUUGUAAAUACUGGUUUUUGUUUUUGUACUUUUGUUUAAAAUAAAGUGUAGCCUACAUUUUGAAGAAUCAUGUUAAA